UAGAUUGAUUGAUAAUAAUAAUAAUAAUUAUUAUCUCCAAAGGCAAAGGAGCUGGACAGAAUUUAAAGGUUUAAUCAUUUCCCCCUAAUAAUGGAAAACAACCUCAACCAACAACAACAACAACUCCUUUCAACCGUCAAAUCAAGAUUCAAGCGUAUCUGUGUCUUCUGCGGGAGCAGCCCCGGCCGAAACCCAACUUACCAACUUGCUGCGACUCAGCUUGGAACUGAAUUGGUUGAGAGGAACAUAGACUUGGUUUAUGGUGGAGGAAGCAUCGGUUUGAUGGGUCUGGUUUCUCAAGCAGUAUUUGAUGGCGGUCGCCACGUCUUAGGGGUAAUUCCAAGAACACUCAUGCCGAGAGAGAUCACCGGAGAGACGGUCGGAGAAGUUAGAGCCGUUUCAGGCAUGCACCAAAGGAAGGCCGAAAUGGCUCGUCAAGCCGAUGCUUUUAUUGCUUUGCCAGGUGGUUAUGGAACACUAGAAGAACUUCUCGAAGUUAUUACUUGGGCUCAACUUGGAAUCCACGAUAAGCCGGUGGGGUUAUUGAAUGUGGAUGGUUACUACAACUCUCUCUUGUCCUUCAUAGACAAUGCCGUUGAUGAAGGCUUCAUCACUCCAUCUGCCCGCCACAUCAUUGUCUCUGCCCAUACUGCCCGUGAACUCAUUUCCAAGCUUGAGGAUUACGUUCCCAUGCAUAGCUCUCCCCUCAGUUGGGAGUUAGAGCAGCAUAUCGGCUACAGUACCAGGUCAGAUAUUAUAGGCCGUUGAUCUCGAUCGAUCAAUUCCAUCACAGCCGCAGAUCUUAACUGCCACGUAGUAAUCUAGACUUGAGCUGCACUGGAUCCAUUAUUUAAUUAAUUAUGACGUCGUACGCGACUAAUUAAUUAAUUAAUUAAUUAAUUAAGGAAAACAGGGCAUAUAUACAUAUUAUUAUUAUUGUUUACUUUACAUUAUAUAUUGUCAAACACUUAAAUUGAUGUUCAUGAAUGUAUAGCUAGCUAGCUAGAUAGGACUUGCAUUUUUAUUUUAUAAAGUUGUGUAUUAUUAUUAUUAUUAUUAAUCACAUGCGUGAAUCUUACUUUUAUUAACAAAUUAAUUAAGGUACUCCAA